UCUCCAUCCUCCUUCUCUCAUCCCCCUCCUCUUCCUCUCAAGACUGAGGAUGAGUAAUCCAGCCGGUGAGGGAGGGGAGACGAGAGAGGUGCGCACACAGUGAGGGCGAGAGAGGAGGAGGAAGGGAGGAGACCAUUGCAUCGUCACCACCAUCAUCAUCGUCAGUGAACGUGCAAGACGACAGGCUGAGAAUUCAAAAAACCGUCCUGCUGAGCUGAGUCUGAUCGGAGCAGGCUAAUUCCUGAGCACUCACUGCCAGCGCAGGAGGAAGGAAUCAGGAGAGCAUCAUCCACGGCAACCGGAUUUCACUGAAAACCUGGACCACACCGCUGAGUGAGAGAAGGAUUUAUAUUUAACCUCCUUACAUCUGGCUGACCCACAGGGAUGAGGCUAAUUCGUGGGUUAAACCCUGAGUGAGUCAUCCUUUCGCCUGGAGGACAUGAUCGUACCCCAAGAAGCAAUCAGCAUCUUCCUGCCCCCUCAACAUGUAGCCAUCCAGGGACAGCGAGCGGGCUAAUAUCUGGAUCCAUCUUGGUGACGAGAGUCACUGCUGACCGUGUUGGACAUACUCCUCUUAGGACCUGGUUUAUCAGUGUGUCGGCAUGUUUUGCUUCUGCCUGCAGAGUUCCCUGCUUAAGCUCCAGGCUCUGGAUGUGGAAGGAGGGUCCUCGGGGGAGUCCCCAGAGGAGAGCCCCUCUGCCCUGGUCAGCAAGGAGCAGAAGAGCCCCUGCGUCCCCAUCGAGUUGGGGGGGAAGGACGGGAGGACGACAGCUCUCUGCCACAGAGCCCCGACAGAUGAGAACCACCCACCAGAGCUCCUGACGGUCCUGACCAGACCUUCACAACCCCCCAGACACCAGCCGUUAGCUUCCAUCCGUCCCAGCCAGCAGCCCCUGGUCUCCGACGGGACAUUGUCCCCCAGUCCUCAUCAUUCCCCACAGAGGAGCAGCCCUGGGGGUGAGGUUGGAGGAGGAGGAGAUGGAUCGGAGGGGGGAGGAGGAGGAGGCGGAGCUCUUCUCCAGCUGCUGGCAGGCCUCCCCAGCCCACUCCCCUCCCCACGCUGCUGCAGCCCCAGCCUGAGGUUCAACUCCGACCCAGAUACAGCUCCAUCACCACCCUGCAGCCAGCAGUACAUGCUGUGCAGGAGUCUCGGGGACAGGACUGAGGUCUCAGAGGACGAGUGUCCAUCGUCCAUCCCUUUCCUCACUCGACACAUUCAAAGCCUGAAGAAGAGGGUUCGCAGGUUUGAGGAUCAGUUUGAGCAGGAAAUGAACUACAAGCCGUCCCACAAUGAUAAAUAUUCAAACCCGGAGAUGAUCAGAGUGAUGAGUGAGCUGGCAAAAGCUCGGAAACAACUUAAAGAGUUGAGACUUCGACAGUCGGUGUUUGAGUCAAAGGAGCAAGAAUCCAGCGAAACAUGCAGAUCGGGUUCCGGUCAGCAGGGGGCGUCGGACCACAACCCAUCUCUAGAGGAAACUGUGGAGUCUCUAUUCAGGCGGCUGAGAGAAAAGAGACAGUCUCUAGGUCUCCCUGACAACAUGAAGGAGAUGACGCAGGCACAGAUGGUCCUGGAGAAGAUCACACUGCAGAAAUGUCUGCUGUACUUUGAGAGUGUUCACGGCCAACCAGGAACGAAGCAGGAGAAGAACCUGGUGAAGCCUCUUUACGACCGGUACCAGAUGAUCAAACGGUUACUGUGUGCCAGCCCCACCAUCACUACCAUAGAGGAAGAGGAGGGCUCAGAUGAAGAGUCUCUGACCUCCUCUGUGGUAAGUGAUGUUCUAGUGCCGCCUUCUUGCAGAGUGACGUGGCCAGCUGCCAAUGAGGAGGACAGCGACCGGGACAGCGACCCGGCCUUCGUGUCCCCAAUAGACGAGGUGAAAGCCGUCCGUCAGCACGGAGCUCUCAUCACGGCCAACCUGCAUGAAGCGUCCAGGUCUCAGCUGCUGGAGUGUUUGCGGCAAACCAGAGCUGAGAAGAAGAUCAGGAGAAAAGUUCUGAGGGAGUUCGAGGACGAGUUUUACCGUCAGACCGGUCGAGUCUGCCAGAAGGAGGACCGCACUCCGAUAAAGGAGGAAUACCAGGAAUACAAACAGCUCAAAGCCAAACUGCGGCUGCUGGAGGUUCUGCUCAGUAAACAGGACGUCAACCAAACCCCCUGAAGGCAAACAACAGAAGUAAACUACGAAAAAAAAUAAAACUAUCAAAUGUUAGAAAUUAGUGCCAUACAUCAUCUUCAGAAUAGCAGUAUUUCGACACAAUGUCUGAAAUGAUUCCGUCACCUUUUCCACAUGUUUCUCACACAUUUCUGAUGUGUUUCAAACAUGUUUUCAGGUCUUCAAUCUAAUAUGUCAUCAGUUCAAUAUACUGCACAAGUGCAAAAUCCAUUUAGAGCGUCAUUUAUCCCACAGUAAUUUUCUGAUAUCUGAACAAAACUUCCAUAUGUGUUUGUAGUUUAUACGGUUUGUCCAAAGCGACCACGAUCGAUGGAAAACAUGUUCAUAAAGUGUUUAAAAGGUUCUCUUCAUGAGGCUAAAGUGUGGUUGAAGUGUUGCCCGUGUGUGUUCGUAUGUGUGAAACUGUGUGACUUUGUGUUUGAUGUUUCCGGCGUGAGCCGCUCCCGGUUUUCCCUCUAUUUCCUCUUAAACUGCCCUGAAGCUGAUCAGUCAAAACGCCCGGACUUCUGCUCCGGUCGGCCCAGUUUAAUGUGAACAAACAUUCCUUCAAUCUCUGACAUUCAUUCUUUUUUAAAAUAAAAAACAAAGGGGUCUGUUUUCAUUGGUGAAGAAAGUUGCACAGAUGGUUGAGAUGCUUUCAUUUUGUUUUACCAAAUGAAGACGACCAACUUUUACUUAAACAAAAAAAGAAAAAAAAGAAAGGUUAUCAGAUCCACAUUAUUCCUGGCUGUAGGAUUAAAACAUUAGUUACGUCCAGCACAAUAAUGGCAGCUGCUUAAAAAUACUUCGUAUAUUUUAACAAAUAUCACAAACUUGAUUGAAUCUCAAACAUGUCUGAACAUGCCAACUUUUAGCAAUCUUUUCAGUUACAAAUUUAAUCCAACAAACCUUGGCCAUAUAUUGGUUAUUUUAGGAAUGCUCAAUAAAAAUAGUCUGAUCAACAACUUAUGUGCUCUUAACUCAUUUAAAAACAUUGAAAUCACCAAAUGAAUUCCAUCCUAAAUAUUAAUUUUUCGCCCCCAACACUGUGACCGUCUGUCUGUAGCUAAGAAUCUGACAAGGCGGACAAAUAUUUCAUUUUAUUUCAAUGCCGAUCCUGAAGGUACUGGCAUGAUGAUGAUAUUCAAAUUCAAAAAUCCCAUUUAAGAUGUAAAGGCUGAUGUUCCUACGUGUUUUUAAUCACUAUAUGCUCAAUCAGAGGCCGCUUGUCUAUAUGCUGAAAUGUUAUCGAAUGAAGUUUUCAACAAUCUAUGAAACGCAUCACAGCAUCCAGGGAUAAAGUGGAUCCGCAAGCAGGUUUCUCAAAGCAGAUAUAAUGAAAAGAAAAAUAUUUUAAAAAGUGUUAACUUAAAUAUAUAUAUUUUUAAUAGUUGUGGUUCAAAAUUAAAGACAGUAAAUAACAUAUAAGGUGGCACCUUUCAGUUAUUCAAUGUUUAUAGUCAAAAUUCAGUUUGCAUUCCAACAGACUGGAGACAUAAUUUGACUGAAGCCACAAUAGUUUUUACAUUUAUAUUUUUUUAAAUGUUUUAGCAUUUGUGCCUUUAAUAAUCACAGAGAUAUUAACAAUGUUGACAUGAAGCUGUGACUCAAACAUGAGAACAAUCUGUUACGCUUUAGCUCCGGUUUAGGGAAAAAAAUAUGAUUUGUUUUUAAUCCGAAAGAGCUGCUUCCUAUUAUAAAGUAGAACCAAAAGAUUAGAAUUAUUUUUAAUUAUUCACUUAUAUUUAAAUAUGUUUGUUGCUGUUGGUCAGAAUGGUUUUGAGAAGAAAAUAUGGAGGGAUCCUCUGCUCCAGCAUCAUCAAUCUACCUGUGAAGUCACUUUAAGUGCAGGAGGACAUCCAUCGCUCAGUGUUUAAUCCGACUGCUGAAUGAACAGAGAUGCAUGUUUUAAUACAUCCAAGCACUUUAAAUUUUCAAAAAGGGAAAAAUCAUUUUCACCCAAAAACUCAAUAUGCAAACGGGUUUAAGUUGCUCUGGUGACGUUUAGUUUUCCAUAUCUUCAACGCAUAAGAGUUUCAGUUGUUAGGGAUAAGAGUGCCGACAGAUAAUCUGUAAAUAUCUGUGAAUGUGCGAGAUGUCGAGAGAGAGAGAGAGAGAAAAAAAGGGCUUCCAGAGGCUGCAGGGCUCAAAUGUCGAACGUCACAUGAGUAACGUCUGUGCGUCAGUCGAUCCAAACAGUUAUAUGCUGAGUGAACCUGGAGAACAAAUCCGUUUUUUCAGAGUUUGUGAUGAUGAUUCAUAUUGCAGCCGACUUAAAAGGAAAAAAAAAACAAAAAAAAAAACAUCACAUGUUCAAAACUAAAAAUGUACUCCAUUGUUGAGGAACAGCAUGUGUAAAAUAAUCAUAAUCGAGCUUGUGGGUUCCGUUAUGUACAAAGAAACCUUGGUAGUCUUCUGUAACCCGAUCUCUCUGAUGAAAUGUGUUUUACUUGACCGAGGUUUAGUUGUCCGCCGACUUCCUGAAACCGCCGAAUGCACGUCAGUGUUGCUGUAGUGACCUUAUCCAUGCUGCUGUGACGAUUAUUAUUGUUCCUGUAAUGUAUAACCCUGGCCUGGCUGAGACAUUU